ACAGCGCGUCAGUGGUGCUCCCUAACCUAACAUUUUCACGUGGUGUUCUGUUUUGUUCCGCACAAAUAAUCACUUUUGGACACAUUUUUGUGAAGAAUGGGCAAUAAAAAGGUAAAAAUAAGCGCAGCAAAGAGGACAAAACAUCUCCAUGGGAAGAAGAAUGUGGCUCCCAAUCAGUCGAAGAAGAAAGCCCCCGUGAAGGGCAAACCGGAGGUGAAAGGAAAGCCUCUAGCGAAGAAAUUAGAUAAAGGACAAGAUGUGCGGCAUGGGAAGCUUGGAAAGGGAAAGAAGAAGCGGCCAAAACACUUGGGAAUGCCGGAGAUUCAUGGAGAAGUCUCGAGUGAUGUCGACGAUGUGAUGGACAUGAUAGAUGAUGAGGAUCUCUCGUACCUGGAAGAGAAUUUCGACGGGAAAACUGAAAAUGGUAAUGCUGGGAAGGCCAAGAAGGGAGAUAAGAGGAAAAAUACCUCAGAUAUUUCCCUGGACAGCCAUGAGAAGAAGUUCCGGAAGGAUUACCAGGAGAUUCGUGCCGUUGAGGAGAAAACUCGUCAGCUUCUGCCCAUAAAGACUAAACAAGGCAUUAUUCCUCAAUCCAUGGUCGUCAGUGACGAUGAUGAAGACGCUUCAGAGGAGGAAAUUGAGGAGGCUGCAGAGGAAAACGAUUCGGAAGUGAAUGAUUCCGAUGACGAGGUCAUCCGGGAGUACGCAGCUGAUGGAACGGUGAUCAAGACGGAGGACACUGCGGUAUCUGUGGCAGAUUUACUGAUACACCGGGAGCAGGAGGUGCAGAGGCAGAAGUUCCGCAUUGGAAUAAUUUGUUCGGGCAUUUUGGAACGUCCAGAGGAGAGAGUCAAGAACUUCUCCUCACUCUUUGAUCUUAUGGCACGCACCAGCAAGGAGGGCGUCGUCAAUCUCAUCUCUGUGAGGAAAGUGGCUCUUUUGUCAGCCCUGGAGGUGUUCAAAGACAUCAUCCCAGAGUACAAACUCGGCGUUGUGGAGACGGAGAAUGUGAAGCUGAAGAAAGACACUCUGUUGCGAGUGACAUUUGAAAAUGUUCUCCUGCAGCAGUACAAGAAGUAUUUGCAGACUCUGGAGAUGAUGACGAUGGCAGUGUCUAAGAAGAGAAGCAAUGGAGAUGGUCCACUCACUCCUGCUAAGAUCAGUCUGGCUGAAGUGGCCACGAAUUGUAUGUGUGAACUCGUCCUGGCGCAUCCAAACUUCAAUUUCAGCACAAAUAUUGGCCAGACGCUCGUCUAUCUCUCCAAUAGUCGCUUCCCGAAGAUUCGAGAGAGGGUAAAUGGAUGCUUCAGAACGAUCUUCAAGACAGACAAGAGGCUGGACUUGACUAUUCAUAUCAUCAGGAGGAUUAAUCAUCUCGUGAAGACGAAGCAAAACAACGUCUAUGUAGAAGUUCUCACCAGCCUAACAUCUCUCUACAUUAAGGACAUCAAUUUGGACGCUGAGAAAGAAAAGGAGAUCAAGGAGAAGAAGUUGGAGGCGCGCAAGAGUCGCGUGAUGAAUCUCUCCAAGAAGGAGAGAAAGCGUCAGAAGAAGAUGAAAGAGCUGGAAAAGGAGCUACUGGAGACGAAGGCUGAGGAGAAUAAGGAAUCCAGACAGCAUAAACUGACAGAAGUCACCAAACUCAUCUUCAACAUCUACUUUCGCAUCCUCAAGAACGAUCCCAACUCCAAACUCUUGGCCACGACUCUGGAAGGCUUGGCAAAAUUUGCACAUGUGAUCAAUCUGGAGUUCUUCUCGGAUCUGGUGAAUGUGCUGAACAACAUCAUGGAAACUGUGGAUUUGGACUAUCGAGAGCAACUGCACUGCAUUCAGACGGUUUUCGUACUGCUCUCGGGUCAAGGAGAAGUGCUUAACAUUGAUCCUAUUCGCUUCUACAAUCACCUGUAUCGAAAUCUCCUGGUUGUGCAUGCUGGGAAGAAUCACACGGACUUCCUGGUGAUUUUGAAGACUCUCACGGAAGUGCUCGUGAAGCGGAGAAAGGAUGUGACUUAUCAGCGAUUGCUGGCCUUCACGAAGCGCAUAAUGACAGCUUCACUGCAAUUGCUGCACAACGGAUCGCUGGGUUGCAUUUGCGUGGCCAAGAAUAUGCUCCAGCUCACCUCUAAAUCCGUGGACGUUCUGCUGGACACAGAGACAUUCGUCGGAUCCGGAAGAUACGAUCCAGAACUACUUGAUCCGGAGUACUGCAAUGCGAAUUGUACGCUCUUGUACGAAGUGUCCGCCCUAAUGAGACACUAUCAUCCGACGUGCGUAAAGAUGGCGAAGCAUCUGGCCUCGGGGGCGCCCAUGAGCGGCGAUGGGAGUCUCAGUGUCGACGUGGCGAAAUUAGCCCCAGAGGAGUUAUUUGAGCAAUUCGACAGCUCCACGAUGGCAUUCAAUCCGGCCAUUCCGCCGCCUCGCAUGAAGGAUGCCAAGAAUGCCAAGGGAAAUUUCUUCUUCCGUGACGACACACUCAAGGCGCAAUGCAGCUCUGCCCUGAGACAUCCUGUAAAACCGCUGAAAUCCACUAAUAUGGUCGACUUUUGUGCUGAUCUGUGCAACAGAAAAGUUCCCUAAGAUAAGAUAAUGUUUCUUAUUAAAUAGAUAUUGCUUUAUAAAUCAAUUAAAAAAAGAACCGAUAAA